AUGGUCAAUAUUGUUACCAAAAUAUUUACUUCAGCAUUAAAAAACAGGCUGAUACAGUGGAUUGACCAUGCUGGGGUCUUGCCGGACGAGCAAGCGGUUUUACUUGCUAAUACGACAUUCGACCUAAAGAAAAAGCUUACUGUACUAAGAGAUUAUUGUUCUAUCAACUCCCUCUCUGUUAACUUAGAGAAAACUAAAUGUGUACAUUUCAGAAGAGGUGGUCCGAGGGAAAGGACGAACCUCCUUUAUGGAGAUAACCCUGUGGACUGGUCGGAGGAAUAUGUGUACCUGGGUGUUUCCUUCAUGGGCUUGUCGUUGGGCUUGACAGCAGCCAGGGCGGCAGCGCAGAGAGCUCGAACAGCCUCUGGUGCUGCUAUCUCUGCGUUGGCAAGUAUAUGUACUGAAUCUUGGGAGGGCACACUCAGGAUAUAUGACAGUAUUGUAGCCACCACCCUACUGUAUGCCUCUCAUAUUUGGGGUCUUUGCUACCUCGACAUUCUUGAACAAUCCCAGCUACAGUUCUUCAAGAGGCUUCUCCUCCAUCCCCUCGGUACACCCAGUGCAGAACUCAAACACGAACUAGCUAUGUCAAAUGUUAAGGUCAGAGUACUGAGAGCAACACUUAAAUGGAUUCGUAAGCUACUGGAUAUGAGAGACCACCGUAUCCCCAAAAUUUGCUUCUACAGACUUCUCCAACUGUCAAAAAACCCCAGAUCCGAUCCGAAAUAUAACUGGGUCACCCAGCUCAGACUUAUUUUAGAUUCUUUUAAUGCUCCUAUUUCCAUUUGGAGCAACUUAACCAGUGCUUACUGGAGAAGUCAGAUUCCGUCAAUCACCAAACUAUACUCAGCCCAUCUCAGACUCUCUGACCUUGACAUCAUAGAUCCAAAGCAUCUUGUCAAAUAUCGAUUUCCAGAUUUUUGGGCUCUAGCACUGCCAACUACAUUGUAA